UCGGGCGCACGCGCAGACGGGGCCUGACGAGCUUUUUUUUGCCCUCGGAGCUGGACGCGUAGCCAUAGACACUGGAUGGGGAGGAGGAAAUGAGGGAGCGGGACUUCCGGAGGACGUGACGUACAGAUGAGGAAGGCCGGGACCUGUUAAAUUGGAACUGUCUUUACUGGCUGUCUCUUGAGAUGUCAUCCCUUUCAGAAUAUGCGGUGCGGAUGGCUCGCCUGAGUGCUCGAAUAUUUGGAGAAGUUGCUCGCCCCACCGAUUCUAAGUCCUUGAAAGUAGUGAAGUUGUUUAGUGAACAGCCUUUGGCUAAAAGGAAGGAGACUUAUGACUGGUAUCCCCCUCACAACACCUAUUUUGCUCUCAUGAGGAAACUCCGUUUCUUUGGUCUUUACAGAGAUGAACACCAAGAUUUUAAGGAAGAGCAGAGGAGACUAAAGAAGCUUCGUGGAAAAGGCAAACCAAAGAAAGGAGAAGGGAAAAGAUCAGCUGCAAAGAAAUAAUGCUGGACCAAUCUUUGGACCAAUUAGUGACUGAGAUGAGAAAGAAGUACACACGUUUAUUAUUUUCCACUUUGAAUAGGAAUACAGCUUUCCUAAAUUAAUGAUUAUUGGUCCAAGAAUCAUCUCUCCCACCCUAAUGGAGUCUAAUUGUGUUGAAUUAAGAUUGGAUUCUUGGGGGCAGCUAGGUGGCUCAGUGGAUAGAGCACCAGCCCUGGAGUCAGGAGUACCUGGGUUCAAAUCCGGCCUUAGACACUUAACACUAGCUGUGUGACCCUGGGCAAGUCACUUAACCCCAAUUGCCUCACUAAAAAAAAAAAAAAAGAUUGGAUUCUUGAACAUAUUUUGGUCCUUAAAAGUUAUUUUGGCUUUGGUAGCUGUGUGAAUAUGUCAUCUAAUGUAUUCUCAAAGAAAUAUUAAUGUGUACUUGCUAAUUUUCUAGCAAAAAAAAAAAUCCACACUAAA